AUGUACACGCUGACGCGGGGCCCCAGCAAGCUGGCCACGCAGCGCCGCACAGCCUGGCAGCAGGUAGAGCAGCAGCUGGACGGCAGCCAGAGUGGGGAGAGCACCUGUGGGCCUGUGCAGUACGUAGAGAAAAACCCCAACCCUGGACUGAAAAACUUUGUUCCCAUUGACCUGGAGGAAUGGUGGGCACAGCAAUUUCUGGCCAAAAUCCAAAACUGCUCCUAAAAGGGAAGGAAGGCGUUUGGUUGAAGGGAAGAAGCAAGGCUGUGAUGUUGAGAGCAAAUCUGGUCAGAGCCCAGACUGGGUGGUGGCAUUUGAGAGCCUGUUGAUGAAAAGGUGACUGAAAUCAAGUGACCCUGCGCUGCCAGCCCGGCCGGGCCAGCGGGCACUGCACCACAGCCGUGCCUGCCAGGGAGGAGCAGUGGCCGGCCCCAGCCAGGAUUCCUUAAGUGCCAGUUCUCGGACUGCUGCAGCUCCUGCAGCCUCUCCACCUCCCAGGGACACUGCGGUGCCGUGCUGGGGACGAGGGAGCGGAUCACCUCCUGCCCUGCGGCUGUGGCCGUGGGGAGAGGGCCCUGGGGGGCUGUAGCAGGACCCCCAGACAAUAAAGAGCUGAA